CUGACCUGUACAAAAAAAAUUCGGUAUCCUGUUUUAGGGAACCUUUUAGUUACCUUUAGGCACAUAGUGUAUUGUCGUUAUUUUGAUGAACGCAAGGUCGAGCUCGGUCCCCCCGUCAGAUCCGUUGUCUUUCCCGAGCAUGUCGUCCAUUGCUGCAGACAUGAACGAGCUGCUUACAUGAGUAUCACUUAUAGAAGGUUUGCAGAUGUGACUGUCCAGGUCCCUGUCCUUGUUAGAAAAGCUGACAGAUAUAUCUUGUCUUUCUGCCUUUCACCGAUGUUUGGAAAUGAGACAAAGUGGCUACUACUAGCUGAAAUGAUUGAACAUUACAAAUUGCAAGAGGUUGAGCACUUUUAUCUAUAUAUCCAAAAAAUCGAUGAUUACUCCCGUAAGGUGGAU